CUUAGGAAGUGUUGCUCUAACCUAAACUCUUCUCUCUCUAAGCCUCUCAUUCGAGCCGGGGAUAGAGAAGUAGAGCCAUGGCCCUUGCGAGCAACACCUCCCUCCUCCCCCGACACCAGCCCCUUCCCUGUUCCUCCGAUGCCGCCCAGGCUUACCUACCGUCUCUUGUCCGAGCCGGCCGGAGAAGGGCCUUCGCUCGCCCCAUCUCCGCUGUUCACGCCGCUGAGCCUGCUAAGAACCCGAUCAAGAUCAAGGAACCGGCGCCGAUAGCGGAGGCGAAGCCGGGGAAGUGGUCGGUGGAAAGUUGGAAGGCCAAGAAGGCGCUCCAGCAGCCGGAGUACCCGGACAAGGCGGAGCUGGAUUCGGUGCUGCGGACGAUCGAGAACUUCCCCCCGAUCGUGUUCGCCGGCGAGGCCCGCCACCUAGAGGAGCGCCUCGCCGACGCCGCGCUCGGCAAGGCGUUCCUCCUCCAAGGGGGCGAUUGCGCCGAGAGCUUCAAGGAGUUCAACGCCAACAACAUUCGGGACACCUUCCGAAUCCUCCUCCAGAUGGGCGCCGUCCUCAUGUUUGGUGGACAGAUGCCCGUCGUCAAGGUGGGGAGAAUGGCGGGGCAGUUCGCGAAGCCGAGGUCGGAUCCGUUUGAGGAGAAGGAUGGGGUGAAGCUGCCUAGCUACAGAGGGGACAACAUCAACGGCGACGCGUUCGACGAGAAGUCGCGGAUUCCCGACCCGCAGAGGAUGAUCCGUGCCUACUGCCAGGCGGCGGCGACUCUCAACCUGCUCCGCGCAUUCGCCACAGGUGGCUACGCCGCUAUGCAGCGCGUCACGCAGUGGAACCUGGACUUCACCGAGCACAGUGAGCAGGGAGACAGGUACCAGGAGCUGGCCCACCGGGUGGACGAGGCCCUGGGGUUCAUGGCUGCUGCUGGGCUUACCAUGGACCAUCCUAUCAUGACCACCACUGAGUUCUGGACCUCCCAUGAGUGCCUGCUCCUCCCCUAUGAGCAAUCUCUCACUCGUGAGGACUCUACCUCUGGCCUCUACUAUGAUUGCUCUGCCCAUUUCCUCUGGGUCGGAGAGCGGACACGCCAACUUGAUGGUGCUCAUGUCGAGUUUCUUCGUGGCGUUGCCAACCCUCUUGGCAUCAAGGUGAGUGACAAGAUGGACCCCAAGGAGCUUGUGAAGCUGAUUGAUAUCUUAAACCCUCAAAACAAGCCAGGGAGGAUCACCAUUAUAGCAAGGAUGGGGGCAGAUAAGAUGAGAGUGAAACUCCCUCAUCUGAUUCGGGCAGUCCGGGGAGCUGGACAUAUUGUAACCUGGGUCAGUGAUCCGAUGCACGGGAAUACCAUCAAAGCCCCUUGUGGUCUCAAGACUCGACCUUUCGACUCAAUUCUGGCUGAGGUUCGAGCAUUCUUUGACGUCCAUGAGCAAGAAGGAAGCCAUCCAGGGGGUGUGCACCUGGAGAUGACCGGCCAGAACGUGACAGAGUGCAUCGGUGGAUCGCGGACCGUCACAUUCGAUGACCUGUCUUCACGCUACCACACCCACUGUGACCCCAGGCUCAAUGCCUCCCAGUCUCUUGAGCUGGCCUUCAUCAUCGCCGAGCGGCUAAGAAAGAGAAGGAUCGCAUCCACAUCCUUCGGUCAGCUCAAUUCCUUGCCCACCCUGGGUCUUUGAAGGAGACUAGCAUCACAAAAUAAUGCUGGAAGGUCCAGAAUUAUUCGUUUCUUUCCGGAUGUGUUUGUGCUCUGGGUAAUCGGAUAUGAGCUUCAUAACAGUGUUAUCUUGUGGUUCUUCUCUACUAUUUGUGCUACCUAUGUACGCCAAAGAUAAUUGUUUGUUCUUGGCAUGAGGAUUGAAAAAUAAAUUAUAAAAAUCUGUUUGACAAA